UGAGUGAAUAUAUAAAGAAUGGUAUCUUUUUCCAAGCCUUUUUAACCCAGUCUUUCUCUUUACUUCUCUUUUUCCUUUUCAGCAAGGGAGUUGCAGAGAUUUUGGUCUGACAAAGGGCUUUUUAUUUUUUCUCUUAACUAGUGAAGGGACUGAUAAUAAAAUCCAUAGAUAUUGAUCUUUCAUAUAGACAGUGCAGAUGAUCAUCAAGCACGUGCAACACUCAGAUUUCCAUCACAACAGGCUUACAGUGAUAAACAAAGAUCACCAAAUGACUCGUAGUUUCUUUGUCACACUCUUUCUUUGAUGGGUUGAUCUAUCCACACUCUCUCAUAAGUGUAUAAUAGUUUUUCCAAGAAAAUCUCUAUCAAUCAAAUGGCGACGUACUUUCAUGGCAAUCCUGAAAUCCAAGCAUCCGCAGAAGGUCUUCAGACACUUGUUUUAAUGAACCCUACUUAUGUCCAAUACUCCGAUACACCACCUCCACCUUCUAACAACCUAGUUUUCCUCAAUUCCGGCACCAACCACCUUUCUCCGCCACCACAUCUUUCUCACGCGCCACCUAACACUCAACAAUUCGUCGGUAUCCCUUUAGACCCUACUUCUCAUCAUGAUGCUUCUGCUCUGCAUGGACUUGUUCCACGAAUUCAUUACAAUCUUUACAACCCAAUUGACCCAUCUUCGGCUGCGCGUGAAAUUCCACGCGCUCAGCAAGGACUGUCUUUAAGCCUUUCAUCUCAGCAACAGCAACAGCAGCCGCCACCGCCACCAGGUUAUGGGUCGCAGGCUCAAGCCGUGUCAGGUGAAGAUAUGCGAGUUUCAGGCGGGUCUGUAUCGUCCGGUUCAGGUGUUACAAAUGGGGUGUCAGGUAUGCAAGGGGUUUUGUUGAGCUCUAAGUACUUAAAGGCUGCUCAAGAACUUCUUGAUGAAGUUGUCAACGUUAACAGUAAUGAAAUCAAGAAUGAAUUGUCCAAGAAAGCUAAUGGGAUUAGCAGUAACAAUAGCAACAAAAUGAUUGGAGAAUCAUCAGGUGGUGAUGGGUCAGCCGGUGGAGACGCCGGCGGUGGUAAGCGCGCAGCAGAGCUUACCACGGCAGAGAGGCAAGAAAUUCAGAUGAAGAAGGCCAAGCUUAUUAGCAUGCUUGAUGAGGUGGAGCAAAGGUACAGACAAUAUCACCACCAGAUGCAGAUAGUAAUUUCCUCAUUUGAACAAGCAGCAGGAAUUGGUUCUGCGAAAACAUACACAGCUCUUGCACUUCAAACAAUCUCAAAACAAUUCAGGUGCUUAAAAGAUGCAAUAACAGGUCAAAUUAAAGCUGCAAACAAAAGCUUAGGCGAAGAAGAUUGCCUUGGAGGAAAACUUGAAGGUUCAAGGCUUAAAUUCGUCGAUCAUCAUCUUCGACAACAAAGAGCUCUUCAACAGUUGGGAAUGAUCCAGCACAAUGCUUGGAGACCCCAAAGAGGAUUGCCUGAACGUUCAGUUUCAGUUCUUCGCGCUUGGCUGUUCGAGCACUUCCUCCAUCCUUAUCCCAAGGAUUCUGAUAAGCGUAUGCUAGCUAAACAGACUGGACUCACUCGGAGUCAGGUGUCUAAUUGGUUUAUAAAUGCUCGAGUUCGACUUUGGAAGCCAAUGGUGGAAGAAAUGUACAUGGAGGAAAUAAAAGAGCAAGAAAGGAAUGGGUCGGAUGACAAAAAAAGCAAGAGCGAGCAGAAGGAAAAUUCUACUUCAAAAUCAGUUGGGCAUGAGAAAGGUUCAGUUAAUGAGAAUCAGACUAAAAGCUUCAAGUCCUUAGACAGUUCGACAAACCAGAAUGCUCCUGCAAUUUCUACGUCUCCUGUAGCAGGAAAUGUACGAAACCAGUCAGGAUUUUCGCUCAUAGGAUCAUCAGAAUUGGAAGGAUUAACACAGGCAAGUCCAAAAAGACACAGAAGCACUGAACUGAUUCAAUCUCCAAAUAGCGUUCCUUCCAUAAACAUGGAUGUUAAGCCUGGUGAGACUAAUAAUGAGCAGAUUUCGAUGAAAUUUGGUAGUGAAAGGCAGAGUAGAGAUGGAUAUUCAUUCAUUGGUGCGCAAACUAACUUCAUUGGAGGAUUUGGUCAGUACCCAAUUGGAGAACUCGGAAGGUUUGAUACAGAACAACAAUUCACACCACCAAGGUUUUCAGGAAAUGCUGUUUCGCUUACGCUCGGUCUUCCCCACUGCGAAAACCUGUCGCUAUCAGCAACGCAUCAGACAUUUCUUCCCAAUCAGAACAUUCAAUUGGGAAGAAGAGUAGAAAUGGGCGAACCCAAUGAAUUUGGAGGGAUUAACACAUCAACACCUCACUCUUCAACUGCAUAUGACAGCAUCGAUAUUCAGAACAGAAAGAGGUUUGCAGCGCAAUUGCUGCCAGAUUUUGUGGCCUGAUGGUGAUGGUGAUGAUGAUGAUGAAUUAGUGUAAGGCCAUGAAACAAGUUUCAGAAUCUCUUUUCACUAUUUCUUGCUGUUCCAAACUAUUAGUAGGGAACAAGGGAUAAUGCAAUGGUAGUGUAAAGAAAGAAGAACAAUUUUACAUAGUAUAGGUCCUAUACAUUUGGCAAUAGAGAACCAUUUGAGUUCUUAGACAGUUUAGGAUUUGAGAAUAUAUGGGUUGAGGAUUGUAUAUUAUUUUUGUAAGUUUUGAAAAUGUCAUAAGAAUUAGUUAUUGGGGUAUACUAAUAUAUUGAUUGUGAAAAAAAUGUGGUUUCGAAUGUGUAUUUCAUCAAAUAAAGGGUAUCAGGAACCAUAUAAAUUGCUCAUUUUCGUUUCCAGGAAA